AUGGCGAAAACCUGGAGUGCCGCCACAAGGUUGGACUUUCCGCCUGAUCCCGCGAUUGCUGUGAUAUUCCGCGGCGGCGCGGACCUGGGCUCCGGUGAUGACGGUGAUAGCGAGGUCCGCGACGCCGCCACUUCGUACCCCGGUGAAAGUGAGAGGUGUAGUAGAAGGAUACGGCUGAGUAUCUCUUCAGUGUCUGGGCCCAAGCUCACUACGGGUUCAUCUAUUCAUUCAGUGAGAACCGUUGACCAGACCUAG